GCAAGCCAAAACUGUCAGGCACAUCGUCUGCUCUUUGAUAGCAAGCAAUUAAAUUUCUGUGGUUUUUUAAAAUAAUUCAGUAACUUCAGAUGGCAAGCACGUUAUAUUAUUAACUUAAUCUUGGCAUUCAUGUAAUCCUGGCAGUUAUGUUUUCUAUGUAUAAUCGGCGGACGACUUGACUGUUCUGAGACGAGCUAAAAUACAUCUCAGAAGAUGGAUGAUCUUAAACAGCUGUUGAAGUCUGUGAAGUUACGAAAGCCUUCAGAACCUACAAGAGAUUAUUCAAAUCCAAAGACCGCUGGUUUUCUUCUGCCCAGUGAAAUCAGAGAGUAUCAAGAAAAUGUUCUGAAUUUUAACGCGGAAAAGUGGCUUGAAAUUCUUCAAGAUAUAACAUUUCCCACUGAAUAUUGCCCUUUGUAUUUAAAAGAAGCAGAAACGAUUGUUGCUGUAUAUGAUCGUCUGUACAAGAAUCUUGAUGAUUCUUUAAAAGCUGCAGUCGACUGGAAACAAAAUCUAAGUUCAGCGGAGAUGGACCUAGUAAAAGAAAUGGAAUCUCGCCUUCAGAAAGUAAUGGAUAAUUUCCUCACAUCAGAUUCUGAUUACUUAUUUGUGAAAACAUCAAGCAGAAGUGCUAAAGAUGCACCUCUGGCACAGGAAAGAUUUAAAGAGAUGUACCUUGAUCUUCUUUCAAAAGAAACUGAAGGUGCAGAGAGAAAUGAAAACAUCAAGGUUAUGUGCCUUUUGAAAGCAGCAUUCAUGGCUAUGAGAGUUAGAUCAUCCUCAGAGGUCAUGGACAUGAUGAUGCGCAGUGAAAGAAUCCACCAAGAUCUCACCCUUGCUUUAGAGUUUAGAGAAAAGUUUUGUGAGAACUUUGUGGUGCGAACUUUUGUUGACAUCGAUGUUGACAUGGAGUUUCGUGGCUUUGUGUUUCAAGGGGUGCUUACUGCAGUAUCACAAUAUAACUACCUAAUCUUCUCUCCAAAGCUUGUUGAGCAGAAAGAAAUUCUUCAAGCUAGGAUUGAAAAAUUUUAUGCAGAAAUAAUAAGGCCAAAACUGGAAUCAAGUUACUUUGAAAAAAUUUUUAUUAUUGACUUUGCUGUAGGAAGAAAAGAUCAGAGGCUGUGGGUGAUUGAAAUCAAUCCCUUCUUGGUGACAACUGAUGCUGCAUUGUUCAGCUGGGAGCAUGAGCGGUCCAUUCUAGAGGGCAAGGAAGGAUUUCACUUUCGCAUUACAACUCGACCAAAACCUGGAGCCAAAACCAUGCUUCCUCACAGCGUGAAAGCUUUGAUGGCACUGUAAAUUAUAUACAUAUAUCUCAUAAAUAUGUAUAAUGAUAUAUUUCCUACAUUUUACUUGUAUGUAUAUUUAUAGACAUACACACUCACAUGUAUAUAAAAAUAUUUUACUGCCUUUAUUUAUAAUUGUCAAGUUUAUCUUUUUGAAACUUGAAUUGUUACAUAUCAGUAAAACAUUAUAGUUAUUUGAAAUACUAUUUAAAAUGUACACCAAACAUUACUCCACACUUUGUAUUUUGUUUUCAAUUUUACAUUUGUCACUCAAAACUUUGAAUGGGCUUUAUGCAUGUCCCCAUCUGUUCUACUGUUAAAUUACUUUAUGUUGUCAUUUUGUAAAGUGAGAUAUUUUUAUGAUGUUCCAAACAUGUACACUGUAACCAUUUUUGUUCAAGCUUACUCAUCUGAACAUUGUAAAGUGCAUGAAUGUGAGACAUACCACUUUCAAGUCUGAGGAUACUGCUUUUAUGUGUGUACCUACACAAACUAUAGAGAUCUAGAGUGUGAACAAUGCAUCAAUUUGCAAGUUGUAAACUCAAGUCCACAAACACAAUAUAUAAAUUUCUGGAGGCUUGAAUGACUUGCUGAUUGUGUUUAACUGGUGGAUUUUCAAAAAAAUACGUCUAUGAUUGAUUUUUUUUUUUACAUUUCUUAUAGGGAAGCACAAUGUGCUGACAUUCUUACAAAAGUAUUUCUUAAAUUCAGAGGGAUGUAAAGAAUCAAGUGUGAUUUUUUAAAAGAUAUGUGCAAUUCUGACAUUGAGCGUUUCAGUAAAUGUAGUAAGACUUUGUUUCAAAUUUCCCAGUGUCUCUUACAGCCUCGAUCGUGCGCU